CACUGAAAUAGAAAAAGCUUUUAAAUUUAAAAGUCAUGUUACUAUGUAGAAAAAGUUUUAUUUUUAAAAAGCGACCAGCAAGUUUUCUAUAACAUUUUUUAUACAAAAGAAACAGCCAUAUCACCAUAAUUGACUCACAUAUUCAAUGCUUCAUGCCACGGCCAUGAAGCAUUGAUUCUCAAGCUAAAAUACAUACAAAACUCGCUCGAAUAUGAGCAAUUACAUACUUUAUAUGCAUUAUAAAUAAAAAAAUAUACUUAUGAAUCACAUUCAGUCUCCUUAUUCUAAAAUUAUUUACAUUUAUUUUUUUGCUGUUUUUUCCCCAAUAUUUUUAUAAAAAAAGUACACAAGACAUAUAGUACAAAAGUUAGGCUGGCCGGACUGAUAGUGACUGUGGUAAAGAGUCCAGUUCAGUUCUAUAUAUUAUUUUUACAUUAUAGCAUAAUCGGUCGUGCGUUUUUUUUAAUUCAUUCCACGGUUUAAAGUUCCAUAUGAUAACAUGCACGAAUUUUCUUUUACAAAAAGUUCUGUUUUGCAUUUAAAAAAUUUAAAAGAAGAUUAAACAAGUAUAAUGGAAAAAACAGUAAAACGUUCAUUGAACUUUCAACACGCCGAUGUCAAUUCCCCCAGGGGGUUAUUGAUGUUUUUUCAACACGAGUUAUAGGCCUGAUAAAAUUGUCAAAGAAAACUUAUAGAUAUAGAGUAGAAAAUAAAACAUAAAAUUCGGGUAGAAUUUUUUUUAAGUUUCAGCGUGAUAAUGAAUUUAAUGAAGAGUGUCGAAGACGCAUCUUUAGAAUUUAAAAGCCGCGAUUGCCCGUUUUGACAUGAAACUGACAAGUUACUUUAAAACGAACUGUCAUUGGAUUGAUAGAUGACGAAAUUUGUAUGACUCGCCGACCGACAUUCACAUCGCGACUAUCAAAUUCAUAAUCUUAUAGUAAAUCCACAUGGAAAAAGGAAGAAACGAAGAAAAUAGUAUAGAAAAAACCUUAAAAAAAUAAAGAAUAAAAUUUAUCCAAAAAGUGGUAGCUAUAUAUUUUUGUGCAAUCCAGGUUGAGUGUGGCUAGUGGCAUCGAUUAAAUAACCGCAGUAUGUUUGUAAACACUUAACGAUCAACUGAGCAAUUAUAACGACUUCUUAUCAAUGUUAUUCUUAUAUCUAAAUUUACCAUAUUUUGGAUUAUCCUUGUGCAUACACGCUGAGGGAAAGCUUUUAGAUUGCUCGAUAAACAUGUCAAAACUUGUUUGUUUUAAAUAUUUUAUCCGUUAUAUCUAUAGGAGCAUAUCCCAAGUUGGACGCAGAGUGUUUUUUUCGAUAAAAGCCAUUAAGAUUUGCCUAAGUUUGGAAAUUACCAAAUUGCUGAAAUGUCACGGCCACAAAAUAUAAUUUUAAUUUCUUAGGGAGGAGCUUUUGUGGUUUUUGUUUCAAAAUAGAGUUACAUUUAUGAACCUCGUGCUCCUUUUCACUUUCUUUCACGUAGAUGAAUCGCAUUCACCUAAGUAAGAAAUUAUGGCUAUGAAUAAAAGAUGAACUCUGUGUUGGAAAACAGGAAAUUAGUUUUUUUCUCGUUUUUUUCUCGUUUAUUUUCUUUAACAUAUCUCAGAUAAAUAGAUGUGCUCAAUGAAUUUUUUUUCCGACUGUUUUGUAAGUGGAAUGUUUGCCUUCAUAUUUUUAGAGAAAAAAAUAUAAUAACUAGUUAUAAUAAAAAAUAUAGCAAACAUUCAACUUUCACGAUAUUGUAUACAUAAAAAAUUAUGGAAACUUGAGAAAUAUGAAGAUCAGUUAUCUUCUCCUUCUAAUGUUAAUUUGCAAGAUCAAAUUCACUCGUCUUCAAAGACAUUGGAAAGACUUUCCUAUACAACAAGAUCAAACUUCAUCAAACGGAAAACCACCGCCACCACCAGCCAAAAAGUCCGGUGCCGAUCAAAGCGUUUGUUCGAAAUGCCACGACAUGUUUAGACUCUCAGACAAAGAGUUAGCACAGACGAAGAACAUAAAGACAUUCUGCAUACGUUUACUGCAAGUAAAACGCUGCAUGAAAAAAAUCAAAAAAACACAUUCCUUCUGCAACGGUAUUGGUUUAAUGACGCUUAGCACUGGUGUACAUUUAAAACGGCAGUACCAUAGGUGCCCAAGUAUUAGUGGAAUCAGCGCAAGUUCAAAGUCUACCAUCUUCAAAGAGAAUCGAAAAAAUACGAAGCCUCAAUGUAGGUACAUUCAAGCUAACCAAAACUUAAGCGAACCGAGACACUGUGGCAUGUUCGGCGAUCCUCAUUUACGUACGUUCUUUGACGUCCGUCAGACGUGCGUCGUGGCGGGUGCAUGGUCGCUUUUAGAUAACGACGUCUUAGCUGUUCAAGUGACGAACGAAGUAGUGCAGAAAACAGUGAGUGAAAGUGCUACUGCAACGACUAAGGUGUCUGUCAUAUUCAAAGAGGUCGAUUCUGCAUGCAUCACGCAAAGAAUUUACGAAGCAACGUCAAAGCAUCUUCCCUCUAUAUUUAAAGACAGCACGACAUUUUCCGGACCGGAAAGUUGCAGGACAAAAAUCUUUAAGCAUGACACAGACCUAACACGAAUAGAAAGUUGCCAUGCCAACACGACUUUAAUAAUACGCAAAAUAGGUAACUAUUUGAGUGUUAGUAUAAAAACACCAUAUGAAUUUGCGAACAAAAGCAAAGGCUUGUGUUAUUCAGGCUGUCCUCUACAGGAGGUUGUGGACACGUCAGCAUAUUUCGAAAACAAUCUAAAUCACGUGUCGGUGAAGAAUGAAGAAGCCAAGAAAAUAUGCAUUGAAGCAAACUUGACUGAUUUUUAUUUUGACUCGUGUGUCUUCGAUGUUUUAACAACUGGUGAUAAGCGAUUUGUCUCUGCAGCUAACGGUUCCAUGAUGGAUGCGAUAAGUCUGGACCCGAAGUUGCGACUGCGUCGAGAAAAUAGUGUUGUAUUGAACGUUGAAAGACAAACAUCCGGAGCAAGGACGUUAAAACAUUCCCACAUUUUUCUAGUGAUUUUGUCUAUUUUAAUCAUCUUGCAAAGGUGAUAUUUGUGGUAAAAGGGCAACUUCAUCCCUUGGAAAAAAUUAAAAUUAAAAUACUUGGAAGUCUGGAUGCGAAGUAGGGUCCUUCUCCUUCUCAACUAUAUUUAAUAUAGCCUAAUAUAAUUAUGUACGACAUAUCUGUGGGAACUUGACUGCAUUUCCAAGCCCGUUAUUGUUUUGUGAUUGGACUCCGAUCAGAGACAACAAAUAACUAAAUAGAAAUUUGCUUUAUACUUCUUAAAAAUAUGCUACUGUCUGGAUCAGACACUAUAGCAACGAAGGAGACUCUUUUUUCUUUAUAAAUGUCAAAAGACGUCAAUAUCCGUUUCCAAUGAAUUAAAGAAAUCGUUCAAAAUAGCGUCUUCGAUGGAGUGCAUGCACGCAAAUCUGCUUAAUUUCUGCUUUAGACAAUACUUCUCUUUGUAAUUUGUUAUAAAACUAAGAACACGAAUUGUUUUGCAGGGCAAAAUUCAUGUAUUUAAUAUUUUGUAAACAUUUUAAAAAAAGGUUGUGUUUUGCCUUCCUUCUAACAUACUUUAUUUCGAAAAAGUUAGGAAGAUACGGUAGAUUGCACUUACAGUGGUGAAGGCUAAACACGACACCUUAAAAAGACAUCUAAUUUAUUUGACUACAAUCUCGUCUCCGGGACCUUUUCAUGUUCAGAGGAUUAGGGGCGAGAUAUUAAAAACUUUAUUUUUCGAUUAGGAAUCACUCUUGAUGCAUGUAAAGAAAAUGGGCGAAUGUACCUCAUUUUGUGUUAUAAGUAAUUUGGUUAAUAUUUUUACGGUGUGUGAGGCAAUUGUAUUUUUCACAAAAAUAUUUGUACAUACAACCGUUUUUGGGUUUAUUUUGUGUAUAAUGAAUAAUUUUUUCUAUUAGCUGUGUUCACACGUGCUACAAAAAAGUUCACACGUGUAAUAUUGCUUGAUAGAGAGUUCUUCUAUCUACAAAAAUGAAAAACUAACACAGAAAUAUUUACAA